CAAAUUCUCCUCUUCCAGAGCGGCCAUGCGCCACUUGUACGCGCAGCGGUCUAGAUUAAUCGCGGAGUACCUGCAAGGGGCGAAUUACAAUCCGUUCAUUGACCAGGAGAAGCUGCCGGUGCAGUCCAAAAUUAUCGAUAAGGACGAGCUGGAAAGGAGUAGUCGAGAUAAAAAG